AUGCAACGCCUGUGCAAGUUCUUCAAGAAGACAGGCAAGUCCAAAAAGUUUGCACUUGAGGACGAAUUGGACCAAUUGAAACUCGAAACGGAUGCUCUUCGGCAAUCUUUGGCUGAUGAGCGUUCCAAGAAUCUCGACCUGCACACCCAUCUGGAGAACGAGAGAGAAGCUCAAGGUGUAUAUCGUUUGCAGGCGAUUCAAGAGAAUGAAAAGUUAGAGAAACUUCGCAUGAUUCAGAAGCAUCGAGAUGAGAAGAUUACCGAGUUAGAGAAGGAUAUCGACGUUAAUAAGAGGCGCCUAGAAGCCUUCGAAGCGCAUGCGUCAAACUGUGGCACAGUCUUCGAUUCGAAUGUCCUGAAGCAGCUUUUGAAGGAUGAGGGAAGCCAACGUGAGAAGUAUCGCAUGAAGAUGAUGAAAGCCAGGAAGAUGCUCCAGAAGGCGCAAGAGAAGGAGGAGGGAGAUCAGAAGGCCUGGAGUCUAUGCGAAGUGUGCGCAUUCCAGUUUGCGGACACUGAAGAGCAAACGCCACGCGUUCUUGCAUGCGGCCACACCGUCUGCCAGUCCUGCGUUGUCAAACUGGCUGCUCAAACUCCAGGGGAGAUCAAAUGCCCAUUCGAUCGAGUCUCUUCCAAUUGGAGUGAUCAGGAAAAGGAUGUCUAUUUGCAGAAGAAUCUUUCUCUACUCCACAUGUAG